UUUCAGAAAUUCAAGAAGUUUGAUAACGAUAUUUCCCUUAAAUUUCUGUCAAUAUGAGUGUUAUGUUUGCGAACUCACGAUCCAGUCAAGUGAACAAUGGUUAUUUGGUUGAGUUCAAGGCUGGUCGGUCAGAUUUACAAGCAGGCUCGACGGUGGAUAGGCGAAAGGUUGUCGCUGAUAAAACAAAAGGAUUAAUUUUUAUCAAACAAUCCAGUGAUCAACUGAUGCAUUUUUGCUGGAAAAACCGUGAAACUGGAACGGUUGUCGACGACUUGAUUAUUUUUCCUGGUGACACAGAAUUUUUGCGAGUAAAGGAAUGUACAGACGGUCGCGUUUAUAUGUUGAAAUUCAAAAGUACAGAUGAAAAACGUCUAUUUUGGAUGCAGGAUGGUAAAACUGAUAAGGACGAUGAAAACUGCAAGAAAGUAAAUGAAAUGUUGAAUAAUCCUCCAGCCCCACGAGCAGCAGCACGCGGAGGAGCUGAUCGUGCUGGUGCUUCAUCGUUCGGUACUUUAGCAGCUUUGGGCAGUGCCGGUGCGGAUGGUGAACUUGGAGCACUGGGAAAUCUAGAUCAAAGUCAACUGAUGCAAUUACUUUCACUAAUGAAUCAUACCAACGGUGCAUCAGCUAAUGAAGCAGCCAGUCUUUUGCCGCAACUUCCACUUGUUACCGACGCACCACAUCUAGCGGCAUCAGAAGAAAGUGGAGCACCAUCCACACAGGGAGCAACACCAUCUAAUACACCUGCUAAUGGAACUAUUGCCGGUAGCUCGUCAAAUAACGCAGUGCAGCUGUCGCAAUUGAAAGAAAUUAUUGCAAGUAUAACGCCACCUGACGGACCUGGAAAAAAACCUUCAAUUGACUUUACGGAUGUGCUGUGCUGUGCUGACAAAAUCAAGGAUGUUCUGGGGAAAUAUGCGGAGCGACUAACUCCUCAUUUACCCAUUCAAGAGCCCAUCUACAGUAAACAAGAAGAACUGGAACAAACACUUCGUACACCACAAUUUCGUCAGGCAGUUGAUAUUUUUGGUCACGCCUUGCAGACUGGACAGUUAGCACCAGUAUUGCGACAGUUCGGCAUUGAUGGAAAUACAGCCACAGCUGCUGGAAGCGGAGAUAUGAUUGCAUGGGCGAUACAGUUCACAGCAAGUGAGGAUGGAAAGGAAAAGAUUGCAACAAAAAUUGAAACUUCAUCCCAUCCUGGCAUGGAAUCGGACGUUGAAGAUGAGGAAACUAAUGAAAAGGUUGUUCGUGAAGCGGAGAAGAAAUCGGACGACCACAUGGACCUCGAUUAAUUCCCUCCAUUCUUCUGCGUACAGGUUCUUCACACAGUAAAGAGUUGCACUGUGUAAGACAAAGUUUUCUAUUCGAUUCCAACUGUAACUUCAUUGUUGGAUCUUAUCUAUCUUCAUAAAAAGGAACGUCUCACUUUUGAAAAAAUGUGACAGAAUGCAAAUAAGUCAUAGAGGAAAUGAUAACAUAUCGUUCUUAUUCGGUCGAAGGAAACAUACAGACUGGUUUAUUAACUUUCUCAGAAGUGUAAACAUAUUUUACUUGCUAUAAACAGGAGAUUAUAGUAUUCGCUGUGAAAU